AUGGGGGCUGCAGAGCCCGCGGGCAUGGCCCGGCACGGGGGGCUGGAGUCCGGGCCCCCGCGCUCAGGGGCCCGCGAGCGUCAGGAAGCGGCUGGGCAAAGGCACAGAGGCGGCCGAGGAGGCUGCGGCGGCGGCUGCGGAGCUGGCGGAGCCGCCCACGAGGCUCAUCUGCAACAGACAAACGGGGGGCUGGGGUCCCGGCCCGGCGAGGGGGCGCGGGGCCGCCGCCCCCACAAAGCGAGCCCCGCGCCCCCCCCCCCGCACGCGCGCACAUGCACACGCGCACACAUGGGGGGAGGCGCAACCCUCCCUGCGCAGCAGACACCCCGACAAGGGACCGGGACGGGGAAGGAGCCUGGGGUCGCGAACCCCGGGCGGCCCCUGCCCCGCGGAUGCGGCCCCUGCCCCCCGGAUGCGGCCCCUGCCCCCCGAUGGGUCCGAGCCCUCCCCCGUGCCCCCGCACGCGAGCACGCGCCCACGCACGCGCUCACCCACCUGCGCCCGCGCCCCGCGGCCUCGCAGGACCCGAGUCUUCUCUGUGUCCUCCCAGUCCUCUCUCAGGUCCGAAGCAGCGGCCUCCGCCCCCCGUGCGCGCGCACAGAGACGCCGCGCGUGACCCCGGCCCGCACCCGCGCGCGCACGCGCGGCGCCUUCCGACGUGGGGGAGAGGCGCGGGUUGAGGGGGUGGAUCCCGGGCGGGGCCACGCUGCAGGAGGCGGGGCCAUCCCGAGCGGGCGGGCCGCGGGCCUCCUGAACCCCAGUCCCGCAUUACCAGCCGUGCUAGACAGUCACCCGGACGUCCCACAGGCCCAGGUUGCCUCACCCAACGUGUCCCCCAGCAUGGCCUCGGACAUUCCCCCCUCCCCCUCCCCCCGCUGCCCCCGCCUCCAUAUUUCCCAGCAUCCUUCCAGGCCCCUAUGGCCCUGGCUGCCCACGACACCCCAGAAGGACGGGGAGAAACUUGCUGCUUGUCCUUCACCUCCAGAAGAGAACCAAGGGCAUCAGGAAGGUGAGGGUGACUUUUCUAGAGGCGCUGCUCUGGAUUGUAGCGAGCUGCCGCCGCCUUCUCUAAAGCAGUCUCUCUGUCCACCAGCAAAGGAGCCAGAGCCUGUCCAUCCUAUUCCGGGGGGCUCGAGGCCCUCUUCUGCCGGCAGUGCCCUGGGCAAGCCGAUGGGCACAGCAGGGCACCUCUCCUCUGCACCUUUCUCAUUUCGAGACUAG